UUGUGGAAUCCUACUAUUUCCACUGCUACGACCAGGUACCUAGGUGCUUUGCGGCGGGCUCGCCGACCGUGAUAUCAGGUGGGUAGGAAGUGGUUAGGAUCUACCCAGUAUCGAGCAUGAUCGAGGAACGGUGGUGAUUCCUCUUCCCUGGGACGCAAAACUACAGUACGUGUGUGCCCUUUCAGUCCGAAAGUUUCUGUGGCGCGCACAAUAUGGACCGAAUACUUGGGCCUUGAGGAAACUUCUUUCAACCAUCGCUUGUCUCAACAACAAAAAAUAGUGGAGGUACGACAGAUAAAGAUCUCGAAAUCGCCAGAGUGCGGACGAAGCGAAGCGUUGAACAGACGCUACGCACUUUGGCACGUUGGCGUUAUGGAACGUUUGCUGUAGUGGCAUUGACCCUUAGCUUCACCUACUGGCAAACAACAAGAAGAGAUGAGGGGGAUCGGCGCAAGUAGCUAUCAUCCUUCGAACGUCAUCCAAAACGGCGAGAUGAAUGCAAAUCUCACGGAACGCUCUCGAAGGGGCCGGUUCCCAAAUCCUCAGGCGUCCCAGACUUCCAGUUCUGAUCAUGGUCUUGACCUCAGCUUGAACCUCGACAUUCGCGAGUAUGUCCAAAAACAAGAAAAUAUCAAGCAUUCCUCCGACAAGGAUGAGUGGCUAUCGCAACCAGAGUUCCCUUCUGUCGAUGAAUUGGCGAACGAAAUGCCAGCACUCUUGGCCAACAAGAUCGAAGCUCCCUACAAAAGCAAGAACAAAUAUUUGAAGAUACAUUACGGCUUACAGCGAGAGGAUGCGGUGGGCAGCUUGCGUGACGCUCUUCAAGAUUUCCGAGGUGACCCUACAACAAAUGACACGCACAAGUUCUCGGUCUACGAUCAGGUACACGUUAUGGGCUUCACCUUCGCCCGUCGUGGACUUGCUGCGAGAAUCAAAUUCUCUACACGCCGUGCUGGAAAACGCAUUAGCUGGCAGACCAGCAAGAGAUUGGUGUCAGGAUCAAUUGUCGCUUUGAUCCGUGCCAAAGACAAGCUUACUGAUCUGAAGGGGCUUGUAGUAGCUGUUGUGGCUGCAAGACCUCUCGCCGGAGUCUUAGCUGAGCCUCCUGAAAUCGAUCUCUACUUCAGCAAUCCUGCGGCCAUACAAAUUGACCCUCAAGAGGAAUGGAUCAUGGUCGAAGCAAAGCAAGGCUACUAUGAGGCGUAUCGCCAUACCCUGAGAGCAUUGCAAAAGCUCAGCCAAGAGACAUUUCCCUUAGCCGACCACAUCUGCAAACUGAACCCUUCCGUUGACCCGCCGGUCUACGUCCAGCAGACUCCUAUCAUCGACCUUAGUGCAGCUGCAAAAGGCGAUCAAAAGAAGGAAUAUGAAAGCAUAGAUGUCACCCAACAUUGGCCGACUGCGCCGGAAGAUUCACUUGAUGAUACGCAGUGGGGAGCUCUCCAGGAAAUGAUCACGAAGCGGCUUGCAAUUAUUCAAGGGCCCCCUGGUACAGGGAAGACUUUCGUUUCCAAGAUUGCGGUGGAAAUACUACGACGCAAUCGAAAAGCCGGGGAUUCACCAAUCAUCAUCGCCGCGCAGACAAAUCAUGCUCUAGAUCAGCUCCUGGGGCAUAUUUCCUCCUUCGAGCCAAACUACGUCCGCCUUGGUGGCCGAAGCACGAAUCCGGAAGUCAAGAAACGUGCCCUAUUUGAGAUCCGGCAAAAGGAAAGAAUCCCUCAGAUUCCUGGUGGUUUGUUUGGGCGGUCAAACAAUCUCAUUACUAAGCAAUCGAAAGCAAUGAGCUCCAUUCUCGAACCGUUUUCAAUGCCUGGACAGGAUCCAUACUCUACAGACCAAGUGUCAGGCCCUCGGAUUCUUCAGCAACUUGGCGUUUUGAACGCCGCUCAAGCCAAAUCCCUCGAAGAGGGUGCCACGCAAUGGGUAUCCACAAGUAAUACGAUGGAUGGCCCGAUACAGCUAUGGCUCGAUAGAGCUCUAGUGCCAUUUGAGGUAAAAUAUGCAAAGGACAACUUCGGCUUCCAAGAAGUAGAGGACGAAGAUCUGGAGUUUGAACAGUUGAGAGAAAAUGAGGAUUCGAAUGGUGUCAACGACGAGGAAGAUAUCGAAAUGCUCAAAGGACCGUGGAUCAAUAUUCGCGAAAGAUUUACGGUCCCGCCAGCUUCAUCCAGCGACCUUGCGAAAGCCACCAAACUUCUGGAUUCGGUGUCCGAUUUAUGGAAGGUUCCUGAUUACCUCCGUGGUCCGAUGUUUUCAAUCAUCCAGUCUAGAGCAAAAGCAGCCUUGGCCAAGCGAUUCCGAGAAGCAGCAGUCACCUAUGACAAACUGGUCCGUGAAAACCAGGUCGGUAAAUGGGAGCAAGACGCCGUGUAUCUGAGAAGAGCUCCGAUUAUCGGUAUGACGACAACGGGGUUGAGCAAGUAUCGUGCUCUGGUUUCAGCCUUGAAGCCAAAAAUCAUCCUCAUCGAAGAAGCAGCCGAAGUUUUGGAGGCUCCUGUGACUGCAGCUUGCAUUGAGUCGCUUGAGCAUUUGAUCUUGGUUGGUGAUCACCAGCAGCUCCAAGGUCAUUGCAGUGUGCAAGAGCUGGAGGGGGAACCCUUUUACCUCAAUGUCUCGCUGUUCGAGAGACUUGUCAGCAACAAUAUGCCAUACAAGACCCUACUCCGGCAACGCAGAAUGGACCCAGACUUCCGACGACUCAUCUCAGACCUCUAUCCGAACCUGAGUGAUCACCCCAGCGUGCUGAAUCGUCCAGUGGAACCUUGGGGAAUGGGCAAACUCAAAUCAUUCUUUUUCGAACAUUCGUGGAGUGAGUACAAAGAUGAGUCGCUAUCGACCUACAAUGAGGAAGAAGCCAAAUUCGUUGCCGGCUUCUACCGUCACCUGAACAAGAAUGGCGUCCGCCCUGACCAGAUCACUGUCCUGACUUUCUACAACGGUCAGAGAAAGAGGUUACUCAAAGAGCUGCGGGCGUACUCCGAUAUUACGGCAGGCUACCUCCAGGUGAAAACUGUGGAUAGCUAUCAGGGUGAAGAGAACGAUAUUGUUAUCUUGUCUCUGACUCGAAGCAACGAAGAAGGCAAAAUCGGCUUCCUGGCCAAUAUCAACCGUGUUUGCGUGGCUCUAUCGCGCGCCAAAUAUGGCUUCUACAUGUUCGGCAACUCUCAAGCACUGAUGACCGCCAGUGACCUGUGGUACAACGUCAUUAUGCGGAUGUCUUCACCUCCCAAACGCAUUGGUGGGGUUUUUCCAAUCCAUUGCAAGACGCAUCAAGCAACGAUUUGCAUGGAAUAUCCGGAAGACUGGAAGAAUACUGAGGGAGGAUGUUUGCAAGUAUGCGGAAUGCAGCUCGCUUGUGGUCACGAGUGUCCGCUGCGAUGCCACCCUUACUCUCACGACAAGGUACAGUGCCUCCAGGAAUGCACCGAGGUAUUACCGUGCGGCCACCGCUGCGAACAUCAGUGUUCCGAGCCCUGCUAUUGUUGCUGCAAUGGUUUUGCAAAGUAUCAAGCUCUGAAGCAGCAGGAGAUUUGGGUCGAGCCAGAAGCCGAGGGCAUACGGCGGGGAGUGCAGGAGACGCGGAUUGCCCACGGACUCAAGAAUGUUACCCCUGGCACGUAAUGCUGGACCGUCGUAUCUAGAUGCGGCUCUAGAGGCGUCUCCUGAGCUUUCAGCAGCGGAGCCAAAGCACAAGUCACCUGGCAAGCUGAGUGUGAGCGGUCAACGGACUGGAGGCUGGAACCCAACACCCGCGGAUACGAUCAGAACACAUCACUUCUCACCGGAGAAGCAGCAGGAGCGAAGAGCAGGAUGGGCCGAUUACGCCAAAGGCGGAGUCGUUGCAGAUGAUAAGAGACGAGUAGACUUGAUAGAAUCAACGAACCAGACCAUGCCCACGCUCCGGACAGAUGGAUAUCACGAGCUAAAUGCCAGUGCUGCCACUUUUCAACCUGGGCUCAAUCUUCACAGAAGUACCUACCCAUCUCCUAUCAAGCAGGAGAGAAUCAAAGCUAUGACAGACGGCAGGAGCAGGUUCUUGCAGGACUACCGACCCGAAGCGUCGCGAGGGCGCGAGGUGUCGCCGUCUGAUAACAAAAGCGCCAAGUCGAGGCGGCAGAGCACAAAGAGUCGCGGUACUCAACUCUAUCGUGGUAGAGGUAGAGACCUGAUGGAGUCUGGACGGCUCGACCGGACGGUCUUGGAAUCGGCUGGUAUACGAUUGUUAUCCAAGGACGACAACAUGGCUCAAAUGCGAGGUGGAAGCGGGGUCAUGGAGGAUUUGGUUGAGCUGGACGCGUAUUACCAUGAGAGUGAGAGUGAGCAACUUGAGCUUGAGCAGGAGCUUGAGCACGGCCGUGAACGUGAGGGCAGUCAUCCGUCGGCGAGUCUUCUCUGACCGAUCCAAUGUUGCGCAGACAUUGCACUGGCGGGCUUGGGCUGGAAUCAGUGAAGUUGGUCAUGAAGCAGCCAUCUCAGAAAAGCUCGAGAUACUAGAAUUUUUGUUGGACGGUGCUUUCAGCGUGGUGUGGUCAUGGCAAGGGCAAGGCUCGUCUCGGACAAUUCAAGAGGCAUGCAGAUGCCCAUCAAACUGUCUUCAGG